GGCAGAGCGAGAAGCUCACGCCAAACCCAACUGCAAAGCACACCAGGCCAAGAGCCCAAGAAGCCGAGGAACUCGCCCCCUCUCCGCCGAUUUCUGCAGUUGUUGCGAACUUGUGAUCCAAACUGAUCAUGGACAAGAUCCUGGCUUUCUCCAUCAUGAGCUCGUCGCCUGCGGACAUCGCGGCCGGCGGGUACUCCACCCGGCUGUUCUGGAGGACCUCUGCCGGGAAGCAGCAGGUGGAGAAGGCGCCGAAGCAGGAGAAGGCCGAGCAGCAGGGCUCGCCACCGGUGACGGAGAGGAAGCAGGAGACGAGGGCGCGGUUCGCGCCGGAGUUCGACGGGAUCAACUGCUUCGACUCCAUAGUUUCCUUAUGAUGAGCAGCUAGCUGGGCUCCGCAGUUUGUCUAAUUUUUUGUUUGUUCAAGUCACAAGUAAUUUGAACAGAGAUGUACAUGGCACGCAAUUGAAUGGAUGAUCAUACGUUCGUUUGAUUUAUUAA